ACUUCGAGUUGCCUAGUGGCGGAUACACGGAGUGUACGAGCCAAAAUCUCCAAAAACGAGUGAAAAGAAAAAAAUAAGUGUCUCUCAAUAAGUAAACACUGAACCAGAAGUGUAGACUACCAAAAUGGCAAAGUCAAAGAACCACACAAAUCAUAACCAAAACCGCAAAGCACAUCGGAAUGGUAUUGAUAAACCUAAAAAGUUCAGACAUGAAUCUACACUUGGCAUGGACCCAAAGUUCUUAAGAAAUCAAAGGUUCUGCAAAAAAGGUAACUUGAAGCCUGCAAAACAACUAGUAAGGGCAGCAGAAAGAAAAGCAGCAAGAGAAGCCAAGGCCAAGAAAUGAAUUUAGUGUUUAAGAAAAUUAAAACUUAACAAAAAACUAGCAGAAUUUUAUUUAAGUCAUAUAUUACCAGAUUUUAAAGUUUUCUUGAAUUGAGUAAUAUUAGUGAUUGAUAAUUGACCAUCAUUAAUACAUAGGUUUUUUUGUGAAUUGGAAGAAAGUAUCUGCAUACAAUAAUCCUUUGUAGUGUGUCUCUUUUCAAAUCCAAAUACACUUUAUACAAUUAGGCUAAAAAUAAGCGCUUUUGAAGCUCACUACAAAUAUUUCUUUAAAUUACUGAAUUUACCAUAUUAUGUUUGGAAAAAGUUGUGCUCGUGAGAAGAACAUACAAGAAACUCAACAGCCACUCUUUUCAAUUAAGAGUAUUUUAAAAUGGCUGUAAUAUACAUAACAAAUAUGUUUGUUUAAUAAGGUGCUGCAUCCAAUGUA